CCUCACCUCCCCAGCGCCCGAGCGGUCUCUGCCUCUCGCUGCCCGCCACCCCAAGAGCUCGCCCACCCGCCGUCGCUUAGAGCAAAAUCUCAGCGCAGCCCCGGCAUCCCGACACAAUGCCCGCUUCCACGACGCUGCUGUCCCGGGCGGGAGCCCAAUUGAGCCUGCGCGGGUCAAUUGCCCUGCGCGGCGCCCUGCCCGCGGCCACAUGUUCUGCACGCACACCGGCCCUCGCCGCCCUCGCCCGCUACUAUGCCUCCAAAUCCUACCCGCCCCACAGCGUCAUCAGCAUGCCCGCCCUCUCGCCCACCAUGACCUCCGGAAACAUUGGCGCAUGGCAGAAGAAGGUCGGCGACUCGAUAGCGCCCGGAGACGUGCUCGUCGAGAUCGAGACGGACAAGGCACAGAUGGACUUUGAGUUCCAGGAGGAGGGCACAAUUGCCAAGAUCCUCCGCGACGCGGGCGAGAAGGACGUCGCGGUGGGAAGCCCCAUUGCCGUCAUGGUCGAGGAGGGCGAGGACGUCUCGGCCUUUGAGAGCUUCUCCGUCGACGAUGCCGGCGGGGAUAAGAAGCCCGCAUCCUCGCCCAAGCAGGGCGAGGCUUCGGAAGCCAGCGAGCCCCCCAGCACCGGCUCCAAGACCGCUCCCCCCGCCAAGGAGGCGCCCGCCCCCGCCGCCAUCGAAUCCGACUCGACCGGUGCCCGCCUCGAGACGGCCCUCCAGCGCCAGCCCGCCGUCUCCCCCGCCGUCAAGAAGCUCGCGCUCGAAAAGGGCGUCCCACUUGGUUCCAUCAAGGGCACUGGCAAGGGCGGCGCCAUCACCAAGCAGGACAUUGAAAAUUACAAGCCUGCUGCAGGCGCCGCCCCCGCCGCCGGCAGUGCCUUCACCGACGUCGAGGCUAGCAGCAUGCGCAAGGUCAUUGCCAGCCGUCUCACCGAGAGCAUGCAGCAAAACCCCCACUACUUUGUCGCCUCCAACAUCUCCGUCUCCAAGCUUCUCAAGCUGCGCGAGGCCCUCAACUCGUCAGCCAACGGCGCUUACAAGCUGUCGGUCAACGACUUGCUCGUCAAGGCCCUCGCCAUUGCCGCCCGCAAGGUCCCCGCGGCCAACUCGUCAUGGCGCGAGGAGGGCGGCAAGGUCAUCAUCCGCCAGCACAACACGGUCGAUGUCUCGGUCGCCGUCUCGACUCCCGUCGGCCUCAUGACGCCCAUUGUCAAGAACGUCAACGGCCUUGGCCUCGAGACCAUCUCAUCACAGAUCAAGGACCUUGGCAAGCGCGCACGCGACGGCAAGCUCAAGCCCGACGAGUACCAGGGCGGAACCAUUACCAUUUCCAACAUGGGCAUGAACCCCGCCGUGGAACGAUUUACCGCCGUCAUCAACCCCCCGCAGGCCUGCAUUGUCGCCAUUGGCGCUACAAGGAAGGUUGCCGUACCUGGCGAGGCGACCGAGGACGGCUCAGCAAGCAUUGAGUGGGAUGACCAGAUUGUCAUUACCGGCAGCUUUGACCACAAGGUUGUUGACGGUGCCGUUGGUGGCGAGUUCAUGCGUGAGCUCAAAAAGGCCAUUGAGAACCCUCUGGAGCUUAUGCUGUAA